AUGUACCUAAUCAAAGGAUUACGGAAGCUGUUGCAGAGGCGGGAUGACUCCGCAAGUGGGAUUGAUCCGAAACUCUUGAAAGAGGUUAAGAGGCUUUCCAAGGACAAGCGAGCGGUGUGUGAGCGGCAGAAGAUCAUUCGGUUUUACGAGCUCAUCGAGGACUUGGCUUACUUGGACAAGGAUACAGCAUUCCCAAUCUAUCUUGAUUGGUGCAUGCUGGAUCCUGAAAUCCGAGCGCAGAGGCUCACACUGCCAAUCGACGCAGAUCUGCGAGCCAGUUUCAAUAGAGAGGUGGAGUGGCUGAAACCACAAAACGAGGGGAAGCCGUCGAACCAGAGGCAUUUAACUCUAACUCCGGCGCUGGUUAUCUUCUACAAUCGGUGCUAG